CCUUGCUCUCCCCCCAUCCCUCGUUCUCCCUCCCUCAUACCUCUAUCUCUGGAUCUGGCAGCUGGCAUGUAGUCCACCCAGCAUCGUUCAACCCCUCUGGCUGACACUCAAUGCUUUUUGUUUUUUCAUUCUCCAUGCUGCAGCUGUGCUUGGCUGUCACCCUCCACACAGAGGGUGUCUCUGCCACCACCCCGGCCCCGCUCCAGGACAACUGCUCAUUGACAAAGGUCCUUGAUGUUUUCUGAGGCACCCCUCAUGUCGAACCAGGGCAGGGAUGGAGAAGAGUUAGCCAGACCAGAACCUCCACCACAGAAGCCUGUCCGCAGACCAGGUCCAGAAAUGUACGCUCAGGAGAGAAGGAGGACCCUCCAGGAGAGGACCAUGCCUUCUCAACAGGAACCUCCAGUCAUGCAGCAAGUCCCCAAGAUGAUGUCCAGAGAACCCAGUCUCCCUGCCAGAAGCAUGUCUCUGCGUAAAGCUAUGUCUCUCCAGAACCUGAGCCAGAUAGAGACACCUUGGGAAGGGGUCACCCUCAACCGCUGUCUGUUCAUAGCCAUCACCAUCCUGCUGUUCAGCACUGGCUUUCAGAAACUACAUGGCAAGUAG